GUCCUUAGCCAUACACGGGUAAUGGCGGAGUUGGGUGAGGCGGACGAAGCGGAAUUGCAGCGCCUGGUGGCGAGCGAACAGCAGAAGGCUCAGUUCACUGCUCAGGUUCAUCACUUCAUGGAGCUAUGUUGGGAUAAAUGUGUGGAAAAGCCAGGGAAUCGCCUAGACUCUCGCACUGAAAAUUGUCUCUCUAGCUGUGUGGACCGCUUCAUUGACACUACUCUUACCAUCACCAGUCGGUUUGCCCAGAUCGUACAGAAAGGAGGGCAAUAGACAUUCCUCUGGAGAAUGACAGAAGCAAAGGACUUGUUACUAAGAGAGUUGAAGGACCAGUGAGGUUAGCAUCAGGUAGUUACCAAGUCUGUUGGUGCUAAAAAGAACAGAUCAAAUGUUCAAAAAGUGAAAUUUAUUUGGAAUUCAGAAAUUCCAGGUUGUAUCACAUCAGUCAAUAAAUGUGAAUUCUCCAACCUUUUUUUUUUUUUCCUUU